AGUGGACUAAAUUUUUAUCGAAAUCCUUUAUUUCCCUUCCUUUCUUGUUCUGUCUCCUUUUCUCCUUCUCUCUUACCUAAACCACUUCCAAAACAGUAAUCUCGCUAUUCUAAUAAAUUAAUAAGUACUAAUUUAUUUAUUUUUGCAGAUGUUUAAUGUAGCCCAUGUAAAAGUUAGAUCGCCGAAACCUGGCUAAACCCAGAAAUAGACAGUAAUUUGGUACAUUUAAAUGGUUAUAAAUUUAUUAGACAAGAUAGACUCACCAGAGGCGGAGGUGUUGGCUAGAUGGGUUGUGGCGUUGAAUUUCUGUGAAUCCCUGCACAUGAAACUCUUAACUAUUCAUUCCGAAGACGAAAACGAGAGAGUACACAAAUAUAUUAGAGAUGCAAGUAAAGGUCACGAAUACUGGAUCGGCGGUACCAGAUUGGUGGAUGGCUACAAAUGGAUAUGGAUGCCGUAUGGUACCCAAGUGGAAUACACGAACUGGUCCAACGGACAACCAAGUGAUGUAAACGAAAAAUGCAUGCAAGUAUGGAUCACUAACAACAAACUCACCUGGAACGACAGAGAUUGCAACGCCGAAUUUUUCUUUGUCUGCGAAAGGUACGUGGAUUCCAGCACAAGUGGGCCACCAGGACUAUAAGUUUCAAUUAAAUUUUUUAUAUAUAC